CAGUCCUCCCCAGUCAAGGAACCUCAGCCUAGCAGGGUGGGGGCGGGGCAUGUCGUCCACUUAAUUCUCCCUCCUUGGGUAAAGGUGUUGGAUUCGCGGUGCAGGGGUGUGUGGAGCGCAUUUCUACACCCUACCGUUUCCCUCGACUCGGCUGGUCGGCUGAGGCAGCCGCGAGUCGCGGAUUUGGGGCAAGAGUAGUGCCGUAAGGAGGUGGCCCGCCCUCGCCAGCCGUAGCACCAUCGGGCGAUCUGAAGACGUAAGGCGCGGGCCGGCGCGCGAUUGGCCGCCGCGAGGAUGUGGCGCGGCUGGCUCGUUGUGGCGGUGUCUCGGGAGCUUGGGCGUGUGGCCGGUGGCUCCGCCUUGGGGCGGGGCCCACGCGCAGCUGCCGGCGGCCGAAGGAGGCGCACCGCGCCGCACCACUUGGCUGGAUUUUUAGUCGCCGGGCUCAGUGACGGGCUGGUCAGCUGCGGCCGGAGCGCGGGUAUUUUAGGACAGAUCAGACAUACUGUAACGAUGCCUGAAAUAAAUACUGACCGUCUUGAUGAGAAGCAGGUUCAACUUCUGGCAGAGAUGUGCAUUCUUAUUGAUGAAAAUGACAACAGAAUUGGGGCUGAGACGAAAAAAAAUUGUCACCUGAAUGAAAACAUAGAGAAAGGAUUAUUGCAUCGAGCUUUUAGUGUCUUCUUAUUCAACACAGAAAAUAAGCUCCUACUACAGCAGAGAUCAGAUGCUAAAAUUACCUUUCCAGGUUGUUUUACCAAUACUUGUUGUAGUCAUCCAUUAAGUAAUCCAGGAGAACUUGACGAAAAUGAUGCAAUUGGAGUAAGACGUGCAGCACAGAGGCGUUUAAAAGCUGAGCUAGGAAUUCCUAUGGAACAGGUUCCACCAGAAGAAAUUAAUUAUCUAACACGAAUUCACUACAAGGCUCAGUCUGAUGGCGUUUGGGGUGAACAUGAAAUUGAUUACAUUUUGUUGGUGAAGAAGAAUGUAACUUUGAAUCCAGACCCUAAUGAGAUUAAAAGCUAUUGUUAUGUGUCAAAGGAAGAACUAGAAGAACUUCUGAAAAAAGCAGCCCGUGGUGAAAUUAAGAUAACUCCAUGGUUUAAAAUUAUUACAGAGGCUUUUCUUUUUAAAUGGUGGGACAACUUAAAUCAUUUGAAUCAGUUUGUUGAACAUAAGAAAAUAUAUAGAAUGUGAAAGGGGAGAUGAUUGAUUAGUAAAGGCCUGAAGAAUUUCUAGGUAGUGAACUCAGAAUAAUGGUGUGUGUUUUAUUUUUAAGUUUGGUUCUUUAUUAGGAGAACUCACAUUUGAUACAUUGAUGCUUUUAACAACUAAAAGAUCUGUGGAAAGGACAUAAUUUUUUUUUAUCAUAUACCCGUACAUAUGCAUUGCUGUUUGUAGAAGAAGACAUGAAAGAUUAUUGUUUAAAAAAAAAAAAAGAGAGCAAAUAAAACUCCAUUUAACCUG